AUGAGGCGACCGUUCUGUUUUGUUUUUGCUAUCUUGUUGGUCUCCGUAAAUGCCUCGGAAAGAGUACGUAGAGGCUACGGAGGCGGCGGUGGAGGCGGCGGCGGUGGAGGAUUCGGUUUUGGAGGUGGUAGUGGUUUCGGAUAUGGAGGAGGCGGCGGUGGCGGCGGUGGCGCCGGUGGCGGAUUCGGUGGCGGUCUAGACGCAAUCCGUGAUGGUGUCCACGGAAUUCUUGGCAAAGUCCACGAUGGUUUGAACAACAUUGGAGGCGGUUUUGGUGCCAGUGGUGGAAUAGGCGGUGGCCUAGGAGGUGGGGCUGGCGGCGGUGGUGGCCUAGGAGGUGGAGGUGGUGGCGGUAGUGGCCUAGGAGGCGGAAGUGGUGGAGGAUUAGGCGGUGGAAAGGAGAAAGUUAUCUACACCAAAUCUGAUGAUGGAAAAUCUGGCGGUUUUGCCUUCACUGGCACAACAGGCAAUGGUGGAUAUGGUGGCGGUGGUGGUUACAGUAGUGGAGGAGGUGGAAGCGGCUAUGGAGGCGGAUCUGGAUUUGGAGGUGGUGCUGGUGGCGGUUCUGGUGGUGGAAAAGGAGGAUUUGGAGGCAACGGCGGAGGCUCUGGCGCUGGUAAUGGAGGUGGCCUUGGCGGUGGUAGUGGUGCCGGUGGUGGCCUAGGUGGUGGCCAUGGAGGAUCUGGCGGAUUUGGAGGUGGCUUGGGCGGCAGCGGCCACGGUGGCUCUGGAGGAUUUGGAAGUGGAAAUGGUGGUGGACUAGGAGGAGGAAACGGUGGCUCUGGAAGUGGAAGUUACGGCGGGUCUAGUGGUGGUGGAUUUGGAGGUGGUGCCGGUGGUGGAGCUGGCGGUGGAUUAGGAGGUGGAAGUAGCGGAAAUGGUGGAUCUGGUGGCUAUGGAGGUGGAUCUGGCAUUGGAGGAAGCUCUGGCCUCGGAGGAGGCUCUGGUGGCGGUCUUAGUGGUGGUCACGGUGGAUCAGGAGGAUUCGGAGGCGGCCAAGGAGGAUCAGGCAGUUUCGGUGGUUCAGGAGGUUUCGGUGGCUCUGGAAGUCACGGCGGUGGAUCUGGAUUCGGAGGAGGAUUAGGUGGUGGACUCGGCGGUGGAUCGGGACUUGGAGGAGGUUCAGGUGGUGGACUUGGUGGAGGCCACGGCGGAUCAGGAGGCUUAGGCGGAGGACAUGGUGGAUCUGGUGGUUUUAGCGGGGGUUUUAGUGGAUCCGGAGGAUUUGGAGGAGGUGCAGGAGGUGGUUUAGGUGGAGGUGCUGGUGGUGGUCAUGGAAGCUCUGGUGGUCUUGGAAGUGGGGGAGACGCUGGUGGAUUUGGUAGUGGAAGCGGAGGAUAUGGUGGUUCAGGAGGUUUAGGUGGUGGACUCGGAGGCGGUCUUGGUGGAGGAUUGGGUCUUGGCGGUGGACAUGGCGGCGGUCUUGGUGGAUCUGGAGGUGGUUCCGGUGGAUACGGUAGUUCUGGAGGAAUUGGAGGUGGACACAAAGGCCUCGGUGGAGGUUCUGGCGGCUAUGGUGGAUCGGGAGGUGGAGGAGCAGGUGGCUGCGGGUCUGGAUCCUGUGGUAGAUGUGGAUCAGGUUCAUGCGGUGGUCACAGUGGAGCAUUCGCUUCGGCCUCUGCUUCAGCAAGUGCUGGCUACGGAAAA